AUGUCUGACAACGGGAGUCCACAAACCUUGCCAGAGGCCAUGGCAGAGACACAGUUGACAGUGGAGCAAGGUGACACUGGGCAGAGUAAUGUUCUUCAAUCACCUACAAAACAGACAUUCAAGUCAGCUUUAAAUGACACUACUGCCAUUAUAACAGACUUAGGGGACAAGUCCUCCAGCUCCUCUCAUCAGUCCGUUUCAGAGGAAGGAACAAAGGCCGCUGGUCAAAAGGCUGAUGCCAAAAAAACUAAAAGCAAGAAAGAUAUGGCAACCUUGGACCAGAUUGUGAACCAGAAUAGGCAACUCAAACUGAAAGUGGAAGCUGACCUAAAAGGCCAGGACUCUGCGCAAAACUACUGCUGCUGUUAAGGAUAUGAUUUUUGGUUCUCAGAAGGUAUCGUAUCUGUUUGAUUUUAAGAGGAUUUUGUUGUUUGAUCAAGUAAAAAUAAUAUGUAAUUUUCAGUUAUAGUAAUGGCCAUCUAUGUGUCCAUUUUGGUUUCUUGUUGAGGUAUUUGAGUGUUAAAAUGUUUUAUUUACUUCACUGAACAGACAGAGAGCAUAGGUUCCAGUGUUGACCCACCGGAAGUGGAGCCCAUGGAGGUUGAGCAGUCUGCCGAUGGGAAAGGAGAUUCCUCCUUUUCACCAUCUAGUCCAGAUUUAAAGAUGGAACCAAAGGACAACACAAAUGAUGCCUCUGAAACCUCGGCUGGACCACCGCCAAAAAGGUAUCCAAAACCUUCUGCUAGUCAGAAGACACUCAACACUCAUACUUAUUUUAAAUGACUAACCAAGACAAUUCCUGCACGCUUCAUCUUAAGCCAAUAUUCAUCUGAUUUGUUUUUGUUGUUCCAAUUUCAGGACAGCCACAGUUGGAUCAGAGGUAUGGUAGCUACUUGAUUUUUAAAAGAGGAUUUUGCUGUUUGAUCAUUUAAACUAAUGGACCCAAUACAAUUUGUCAUAAGUAUUGAGGGAUCUAUUUGGCCAUUUGGUUUCAUUUUGAGGGGCAGUUAAGUGUUUACAUUUUUUAUUACAGUUUUACUUUACUGAACAGACAGAGAGCGUAGGUGCCAGUGUUGACCAACAGGUGGAGCCCAUGGAGGUUGAGCAGUCUGCCCAUGGGAAAGGAGAUUCCUCCUUUUCACCAACUAGUCCAGAUUUUAAGAGGGACAACACAAAUGAUGCCUCUGAAACCUUGGAUGGACCACUGCCAAAAAGGUAUCCAAAAACGUUUCUGCUAGUCAGAAGACACUCAACACUCAUACUUAUUUUAAAUGACCUUAACCAAGACAAUUCCUGCUCACUUCAUCUUAAGACAAUAUUCAUCUGAUUUGUUUUCUUUGUUCCAAUUUCAGGACAGCCACAGUUGGAUCGGAGGUAUCGUAGCUACUUGAUUUUUUACCCUUAAUACUGGUACCUGUAUGUGGGCUGAAAGUCUCCCGAGUGGCGCAGUGGUCUAAGGCACUGCAUCGCAGUGCUAGCUGUGCCACUAGAGAUCCUGGUUGGAAUCCAGGCUCUGUCGUAGCCGGCCGCGACCGGGAGACCCAUGGGGCGGCGCACAAUUGGCCUAGCGUCGUCCAGGGUAGGGGAGGGAAUGGCCGGCAGUUGGUAGAGCAUGGCGUUUGCAACGCCAGGGUUGUGGGUUCGAUUCCCACGGGGUGGCCAGUAUGAAAAAUGUAUGCACUCACUAACUGUAAGUCGCUCUGGAUAAGAGCGUCUGCUAAAUGACUAAAAUGUAAAAUGGCAGAUUUGGGCACUGAUAAGUGCCUAAAUUGGAUCCGCAGUAACUAGUAAUUGAUAAUUGAUGUUCUUUAUUGUGUGCAAUAUUAAUUUUCUUAUUAUAAUAUAGUUUUUUCAAAUUAGAAACAAAUACGAGGUUUGGACCUCGGUGUCCUAAUAUGUAGUUAUGAGUGGCUGUACAGUAGCCUGCUGUAAAUGACGUCCGAGCUCUGGCUCUGCGCAGUCGUUCUGAACUUGAGCACCGCACGCCCCCCAUCCCUCCCGGUAAUUAGGCAACUUUUGCAAAUGUUUUGUUGUCCGAGUGAGGGAAAUGGUGUAAAUUAAGAGGAUUCUAUGUAUUUUGAAAGAUGAGACGUUGAGGAUUAUAUUAAAUACCACUUUGAUGUCAUACAAGCAAGCCAAAUACAGUCCCAAAUGUGCUCUUCGCAUUUCCAUAUCAUAAAACUCAUGUCAUAUACAGUGUCAACGUUUAUGAUCACUAUGUUUGAUGCAUAGGCGAAAUUGCCACAGGGGAUGGGGGGACAUGUCCCACCCAAUAUUCAGAACAGGUCGGUUGGGUUGGGGCCCCCCAGAUAGCAUAUGAACACACAUAAGCAAUGGCAAAGUGUAAAAUCGCAGGAAAUUAGCUUUAACGGUCGACUUCGGGCACGUAAAAUGGUCCAACUCCUCGUCUAUCUCAACUUUCAACCAGAAAUGGGGUGUGCUUUUGGUGGUUCAUCGACGUGUCAUUCUGGUCAUGCGUGCCGCGACCGUCGUAGCUAGUUCGUUAGCUAAGCUAGCCACUUGUAGCUAGUCAGUAAUUCCUCCAGACGUAGCUAGUUCGUUAGCUAAGUAACUCCUCCAGACGUAGCUAGUCCGUUAGCUAAGCUAGCCACUUGUAGCUAGCCAGUAACUCCUCCAGACGUAGCUAGUUCGUUAGCUAAGCUAGCCACUUGUAGCUAGCCAGUAACUCCUCCAGACGUAGCUAGUUCGUUAGCUAAGCUAGCCACUUGUAGCUAGUCAGUAACUCCUCCAGACGUAGCUAGUUCGUUAGCUAAUGGUGCAAAAAUUAGGUCAAAUCACAACGUCAGUGAUCUUCCGAUCGGAAAGUCGGAGCUCUAGAAAGAGGCCCGCGUUCCCGACUUAGAAUUCCAAGUUGGAUGACCGUUCAAAACAAAUUUUCCCAGUCUGAGAUUUUUUUACUUCCGGAGUUCCCAUUUGUCUUGAACGCACUGAAAUCGGAAGUUGGAGAUUUCCCAGUUCUGAGUUCCCAGUUGUUUUGAACGCAGCAUAAGCUAGCCACUUGUAGCUAGCCAGCAACUCCUCCAGUAUGUGUUGACGUCAUUUCACAGGAUUAGUUUUCGGACGGAAGCUGUAGAGAUCCACUUCUGUAGCCAAAUAUCUAAUUUCAUCCAUUUGUUUUUGUUUUUAAGCUUGAAAUGACCUGGUAUGAUCCAUUAUAGAGUUUAGAGUUUAAAGCCAUUAUUUUAGCAUUUUUGCCCAAAGUAACUAUCCAGUGUUCCCAGAUUUUUUAUGAAAUAUACAGUACCAGUCAAAAGUUUGGACACACCUACUCAUUCAAGGGUUUUUCUUUAUUUUGACUAUUUUCUACAUUGUAGAAUAAUAGUGAAGACAUCAAAACUACGAAAUAACACAUAUGGAAUCAUGUAGUAACCAAAAAAGUGUUAAACAAAUCAAAAUAGAUGUAAUAUUUUAGAUUAUUCAAAGUAGCCACCCUUUGCCUUGAUGACAGCUUUGCACACUCUUGGUAUUCUCUCAACCAGCUUCACCUGGAAUGCUUUUCCAACAGUCUUGAAUGAGUUCCCACAUAUGCUGAACACUUGUUGGCUGCUUCUCCUUCACUAUGCCGUCCGACUCAUCCCAAACCAUCUCAAUUGGGUUGAGGUUGGGGGAUUGUGGAGGCCAGGUCAUCUGAUGCAGCACUCCAUCACUCUCCUUCUUGGUCAAAUAGCUCUUACACAGCCUGGAGGUAUGUUGGGUCAUUGUCCUGUUGAAAAAAAAUGUAUAGUCCCACUAAGCGCAAAUCAGAUUGGAUGGCGUAUCACUGCAGAAUGCUGUGGUAGACAUGCUGAUUAAGUGUGCCUUGAAUUCUAAAUAAUCAUAGAGAGUGUCACCAGCAAAGCACCCCCACAUCAUCACACCUCCUCCUCCAUGCUUCAUGGUGGUAACCACACAUGCGGAGACCAUCUGUUCAGCUACUCUGCGUCUCACAAAGACACAGUGGUUGGAACCAAAAAUCGCAAAUUUGGACUCAUCAGACCAAAGGACACAUUUCCACCGGUCUAAUGUCCAUUGCUCAUGUUUCUUGGCCCAAGCAAGUAUCUUCUUAUUAUUGGUGUCCUUUAGUAGUGGUUUCUUUGCAGCAAUUCAACCAUGAAGGCCUGAUUCACACAGCCUCCUCUGAACAGCUGAUGUUGAGAUGUGUCUGUUACUUGAACUCUGUGAAGCAUUUAUUUGUGCUGCAAUUUCUGAGGCUGGUAAUUCUAAUGAACUUAUCCUCUGCUGCAGAGGUAACUCUGGGUCUUCCAUUCCUGUGGUGGAUCCUCAUGAGCUAGUUUCAUCAUAGCGCUUGAUGGUUUUUGCGACUGCACUUGAAGAAACUUUCAAAAGUUCUUGAAAUGUUCCGUAUUGACUGACCUUCAUGUCUUAAAGUAAUGAUGGACUGUCGUUUCUCUUUGCUUAUUUGAGCUGUUCUUGCCAUAAUAUGGACUUGGUCUUUUACCAAAUAGGGCUAUCUUCUGUAUGCUGCCCCUACCUUGUCACAACACAACUGAUUGGCUCAAACGCAUUAAAAGAAGGAAAGAAAUUCCACAAAUUAACUUUUAAGAAGACACACCUGUAAAUUGAAAUGCAUUCCAGGUGACUACCUCAUGAAGCUGGUUGAGAGAAUGCCAAGAGUGUGCAAAGCUGUCAUCAAGGCAAAGAGUGGCUACUUUGAAGAAUCUCAAAUAUAAUAUAUAUUUUGUUUUGAAUAACACUUUUUUGUGACUACAUGAUUCCAUGUGUUAUUUCAUAGUUUUGAUGUCUUCACUAUUAUUCUACAAUGUAGAAUAUAGUAAAAAUACAGAAAAACCCUUGAAUGAGUAGGUGUGUCCAAACUUUUGACUGGUACUGUAUAUAUGACCUAUAAUUAAUUACAAUAUUAGUGAUUUAGUUUUCCUGACAAAAAAAAUGUAAUUUAGUAUGUUAAAAAGCAGAUUUUCUGUGUUGGAAUGUUGUUGGCGUACCCCAACAACAGAAUGGUGUGGGCGCAUACUGGUCAUUCAAAAUCUAAUAGUAAGCAUUUCACUCUUAGUCUGCACCUGUUGUUUACCAAGCAUGUGACAGUUUGAUCUGGUCUGUUUGAAACAGAAGUUUGAUGUGAAGUUUUUUUUAAAUGUUUUUUUCUCCAAUUUAUGAUUUGGCCACAAAUACAAGUAUAGGAUGAGUCAACAAAAUUAUUUGGGUAUGAAUUAACAGAAUAUGAACUUUUAAAAGUGAGAUUUUCACUGGACAGUUAAUUUAAGACUGCAACAUUGUCUCUCAGUCUCAUGACAAAAUGUGAAGAAUAUUUUAUUUAUUUAUUUUAUUUUUAUUUUAUUUCACCUUUAUUUAACCAGGUAAGCCAGUUGAGAACAAGUUCUCAUUUGCAACUGCGACCUGGCCAAGAUAAAGCAAAGCAGUGCGAUUAAAAACAACAACACAGAGUUACAUAUGGGGUAAAAAAAAACAUACAGUCAAAAAUACAACAGAAAAUAUAUAUACAGUGUGUGCAAAUGUAGCAAGUUAUGGAGGUAAGGCAAUAAAUAGGCCAUAAUGCAAAAUAAUUACAAUUAGUAUUAACACUGGAAUGAUAGAUGUGCAAGAGAUGAUGUGCAAAUAGAGAUACUGGGGUGCAAAAGAGCAAAAUAAAUAACAAUAUGGGGAUGAGGUAGUUGGGUGGGCUAAUUUCAGAUGGGCUGUGUACAGGUGCAGUGAUCGGUAAGGUGCUCUGACAACUGAUGCUUAAAGUUAGUGAGGGAGAUAAGAGUCUCCAGCUUCAGAGAUUUUUGCAGUUCGUUCCAGUCAUUGGCAGCAGAGAACUGGAAGGAAUGGCGGCCAAAGGAGGUGUUGGCUUUGGGGAUGACCAGUGAGAUAUACCUGCUGGAACACAUACUACGGGUGGGUGUUGCUAUGGUGACCAAUGAGCUAAGAUAAGGCGGGGAUUUGCCUAGCAGUGAUUUAUAGAUGGCCUGGAGCCAGUGGGUUUGGCGACGAAUAUGUAGUGAGGACCAGCCAACAAGAGCGUACAGGUCACAGUGGUGGGUAUUAUAUGGGGCUUUGGUGACAAAACGGAUGGCACUGUGAUAGACUACAUCCAAUUUGCUGAGUAGAGUGUUGGAGGCUAUUUUGUAAAUGACAUCGCCAAAGUCAAGGAUCGGUAGGAUAGUCCGUUUUACGAGGGCAUGUUUGGCAGCAUGAGUGAAGGAGGCUUUGUUGCGAAAUAGGAAGCUGAUUCUAGAUUUAACUUUGGAUUGGAGAUGCUUAAUGUGAGUCUGGAAGGAGAGUUUACAGUCUAACCAGACACCUAGGUAUUUGUAGUUGUCCACAUACUCUAGGUCAGACCCGUCGAGAGUAGUGAUUCUAGUCGGGUGGGCGGGUGCCAGCAGCGUUCGAUUGAAGAGCAUGUAUUUAGUUUUACUAGUGUUUAAGAGCAGUUGGAGGCUACGGAAGGAGUGUUGUAUGGCAUUGAAGCUCGUUUGGAGGUUUGUUAACACAGUGUCCAAUGAAGGGCCAGAUGUAUACAAAAUGGUGUCGUCUGCGUAGAGAUGGAUCUGAGAGUCACCAGCAGCAAGAGCGACAUCAUUGAUAUACACGGAGAAAAGAGUCAGCCCAAGAAUUGAACCCUGUGGCACCCCCAUAGAGACUGCCAUAGGUCCAGACAACAGGCCCUCCGAUUUGACACAUUGAACUCUAUCUGAGAAGUAGUUGGUGAACCAGGCGAGGCAGUCAUUAGACUGCCUAUACCCCUCCAUAUACCCCUCCCUAUACCCCUCCAUAUACCCCUCCCUAUACCCCUCCAUAUACCCCUCCCUAUACCCCUCCCUAUACCCCCUCCCUAUAUACCCCUCCAUAUAACCCCUCCCUAAUACCCCUCCAUAUGCCCCUCCCUAUGCCCCUCCAUAUACCCUCCCUAUACCCCUCCAUAUACCCCUCCAUAUACCCCUCCCUAUACCCCUCCCUAUACCCCUCCAUAUACCCCUCCAUAUACCCCUCCAUAUACCCCUCCCUAUACCCCUCCAUAUACCCCUCCCAUACCCUCCCUAUACCCCUCCCUAUACCCCUCCAUAUACCCCUCCAUAUACCCCUCCAUAUACCCCCUCCCUAUACCCCUACAUCUACCCCUCCCUAUACCCCUCCCUAUACCCCUCCAUAUACCCCUCCCUAUACCCGUCCUCCAUAUACCCCCCAUAUACCCUCCUAUACCCAUAUACCCUCCAUAUACCCCUCCAUAUACCCCUCCUAUACCCCAUAUACCCCUCCAUAUACCCCUCCCUAUACCCUCCAAUACCCCUCCUAUAACCCCUCCCUAUACCCCCUCCCUAUACCCCUCCAUAUACCCCUCCCUAUACCCCUCCCUAUACCCCUCCAUAUACCCCUCCCAUAUACCCCUCCAUAACCCUCCAUAUACCACCUCCCUAUAAACCCCUCCAUAUAACCCUCCCUAAUACCCCUCCAUUAUACCCCUCCCAUAUACCCUCCAUAUACCCCUCCCUAUACCCCUCCAUAUACCCCUCCUAUACCCUCCAUAUACUCCUCCAAUACCCUCCCUAUACCCCUCCCAUAUCCCCCUCAUAUACCCCUCCAUAUACCCCUCCCUAUACCCCUCCUCCCCUAUACCCCUCCAUAUACCCCUCCAUAUACCCCCUCCCUCAUACCCCUCCAUUACCCUCCAUAUACCCCUCCCUAUAACCCCUCCCAAAUACCCCUCCCUAUACCCCUCCCCUCCAUAUACCCCUCCCUAUACCCCCUCCCUAUACCCCUCCCUAUACCCCCCAUAUACCCCUCCCUAUACCCCUCCAUAUACCCCCCCUAUACCCUCCAUAUACCCCCAUACCCCCCUAUACCCCUCCAUAUACUCCCUCCAUAUACCCCUCCAUAUACCCUCCCUAUCCCCCCCAUAUACCCCUCCAUAUACCCCUCCCAUAUACCCCUCCCCCUAUACCCCUCCAUAUACCCCUCCAUAUUCCCCUCCAUAUACCCUCCAUAUACCCCUCCAUAUACCCCUCCCUAUACCCCUCCCUAUACCCCUCCCUAUACCCCUCCUACCCCAUACUAAUACCCCUCCCUAUACCCCUCCAUAUACCCCUCCCUAUACCCCUACCAUAUACCCCGUCCCUAUACCCCUCCAUAUACCCCUCCAUAUACCCUCCCUCAUAUACCCCGCCCAUACCCCUCCAUAUACCCCCAUACUCCUCCAUAUACCCCCUCACCUAUACCCCUCCCUAUACCCCUCCAUACCCCUCCCAUAUACCCCUCCAUAUACCCCUCCAUAGACCCACUCCAUAUACCCCUCCAUAUACCCCCUCCAUAUACCCCUCCAUAUAAACCCCUCCCUAUACCCCUCCCUAUACCCCUCCCUAUAUAACCCCUCCCCUCCAUAUACCCCUCCCUAUAAACCCCUCCCUAUACCCCUCCCAUAUACCCCUCCCUAUACCCCUCCUAUAACCCUCCCUAUCCCCUCCCCCUCAUAUACCCCUCCAUAUACCCCUCCAUAUACCCCUCCCAUACUACCCCUCCAUAUACCCCUCCCUAUACCCCUCCAUAUACCCCUCCCCUAUACCCCUCCAUAUACCCUCCCUAUACCCCUCCCUAUACCCCUCCAUAUACUCCUCCAUAUACCCCUCCCUAUCCCCCUCCAUAUACCCCUCCAUAUACCCCUCCCUAUACCCCUCCAUAUACCCCCCCUAUACCCCUCCAUAUACCCCUCCAUAUACCCCUCCCUAUACCCCUCCAAAUACCCCAACAUAUACCCCUGAAAAUACACCUCAAGAGGCAUAAUAAUUCAUGUCAAACUGUUUAGAAUUGCAGGAAAUGUCAAAAACAAAUCUGGUUUGAUGUACAGUUACAAGAUGACAUGGUGUUAUACCCUGGGUCGUUCUUAACAGAAUUAGCCAAUGUUUGUCUAUUGUGAAGAAAAUUCUCUGCGGAACACACACCUGAAUGCACUCAUGACCUCUUUCUAUGCGGCACCAAAAUUACGAUCUGUUUCUCUGAAUUGCCCUGUGAAAGCCGAACACUGUGAGAUCGUAUUUUAUAACUUAGCUAUUCAUGUUGGCCACAGAACAAGCUUUCAAAUUAUGCCCACUUGACCCAGAUUAUGAUUUAUAAAAUGGGCCGUUUACAACAGUAAUUGUGUGAUGGCGGGGAUGCAGGGUUGUGUUCCAAACAAAUCAACUACCAGUGUUCUUGCUCUAGUUCCUCAACAGCACAGCCAGGAGAGCUGAAAAAAAAACACCUUAUAGUUGAAGACUCUUCUUUGAGUCAUAAGUGCAUUGAAAUGACUUAGGAACUGUGCACAAUCUGGAGAGGUGUAUGGCCACUUGGAGACACCAGUUAGUCCUCUCACUCAAGCCCUUGUCAUGUACUAGUCUUUCGUUGCCAUGUUACUAAAUGUGUCCGAAGUCUUUUCAGAUGUCGUAAUCAACAAAUGCGCCGGAAAAGUACAGUAAAUGUAAAAUGCACAUAAAAUCAACGGUGUAAUGGUUCAGUCUUUGUGUCAGGGUAACAGUCUUUGUGUCAGGGUAACAGUCUUUGUGUCAGGGUAACAGUCUUUGUGUCAGGGUAACAGUCUUUGUGUCAGGGUAACAGUCUUUGUGUCAGGGUAACAGUCUUUGUGUCAGGGUAACAGUCUUUGUGUCAGGGUAACAGUCUUUGUGUCAGGGUAACAGUCUUUGUGUCAGGGUAACAGUCUUUGUGUCAGGGUAACAGUCUUUGUGUCAGGGUAACAGUCUUUGUGUCAGGGUAACAGUCUUUGUGUCAGGGUAACAGUCUUUGUGUCAGGGUAACCGUUGUCGUGUCCUCUUCAACUUUGGUCUAAUUAUUUUCCCAUCGUCUCCAAACUGUUUCCUUUCAAUUGCUACCAUGCUUAUGCAUUUCACGUUUCCUCUGUAAGACAAGUUUCAAUGUAGCCCAAUCCAUAAACUAAUGGACCCAAUGAAAGUUAACAAUGAGAGAUCUAUUUGGUCGUUUUCCCUUUGACGGGCAGUUAAGUGUUAACACGUGCUCGUAUUACUUGUGUAACAGACAGGCAGCAUCCGCUCCAGUGUUGGCCCGCGGGAGGAUGCCAUGGAGGUCGAGCAGUCUGUCCAUAGGAAAGGAGAGGUGAAAAGUGACGCCUCUGGGACUACGGAUGAAAAGUAUCCUUGUCCACCUCCAAAAAGGUAUCUAUUCCAAAACGUUCUGCCAACCAGAUGUCAUUCGGUGCUCAUGGUUAUUGAAAUCCCCUUCGCCCAGGACAAAUCCUGCAUAUCUUUAGACCAUACUCAUCUGAUUAUUCUUGUUUUGUUUUUAAUUUCAGGGCAGCCACAGGGCAACCACAGGUGUGGGCAAAAGAGAGACUUAAAAUCUAUUUCCACGCAAUCAUCUCAAAGGACUUCGAUCUUGACCAGAAUGAGGACCGCCUUUUCGUAUGGGCAGGCGAGGAAACGGGGAGUUGGGAAUCCAACGCCGUUGAGCUAUCCGUGACGAAGUGGGUUUGCUUCACGUGUGUCUCUACUGAAUGUUCACCAGUAUUUAGUGGUUUGACCUAAAAAGUAAUCCUAUAAGUGAUGUCAUUCUACAUAAAGAGCUGUAACACAUCCUAACGUCAUAACCCUUGUUAUGUUUAAAGCCACCGUCCAAUCCUGGGACAGGAUGUGACGUUGAGGGGCAAGAAACGAAAUAGAAGUAGGCAGUAGUCAAGUUUUUUAAACCUUUGACCCAGGUUUAUUCCCCACAAGCAAUGUGACGCGUGUAACGGGAAAUGGCAGAUGUAGGCGAAAUCUUCUAAAGAUCAACACAAAUUUGAUCUGUUCGACGGGUGGGUUUUUCUUUUGUCGAACUUUAUUUUCAGCGACAAAUGAUGAUGGUGUUUUGCAAAUAAAUGCCUGAUUGCCGAAUUAUUUUGAAGGUACGCGGGGCACGUGAUGUCAUCAUGUAACUAUAAAACAAUCCACUAUAAAACAAUCCACAAUUAUAAAGGCCUACUGCUUGCAAAAUCUUUUUUUUUUUUUUAUCUGUAUUUUUGAACUAUAAAAAUGUUUCUUUGCAGGACAAUGAUUGUCCUGGCUUUCAAGAAUGCCUGAAUUGUUUACCUUGCUUGGUGAAACUGUCUGGAUUCAAGUUUCACCAUCCAAUUGUUUCAGAUCUACAGGAGUGCAAGUUUCACCAUGGCACAGACAUGGCUAAAAGUUGGCACAUGAGAAUUGUUAGAAUAUGGCAGAUAUUAUUCAAUUGUUGCAUCCUAUCCAUGCUGGCUGUAGCGGGCUACCUGAGAGAUGAAACAGAGAGGUGAGCAGGGUAUGCAGGCUGUCACCUAUUUAUUAAUGCGCAAUUUGCUUAAUUGGAUCAUGGAAACACUUCAAAGUUCAGUGAAAUAGAUCAAAUUCUCUUACAUUGAUGACUUUUUGCAAAUCCAGUCAGUUUUCUACGUUGAUUCAAUGUCAUCACAUUGAUUUUUUUUUUUUGAAAUGUCGUGGAAACAAUGUUGAUUUAACCCGUUUUUGCCCAGUGGGAAGCAAUUCUAUUUUCUAUGCAAACUUUCUAAAUAUUGUUAAGUUGCGUCAAUUCAAAUCUGGUAUUGGAACAAAAAGAGGUCAAUACACGUCUUCUAAAAUAGACUAGUAUUUUAAUUAAUGCAAAACACUUCAAUGGUAAAUAUGAUGUUCGUAUAUACGGGCCCACUGAAAAACCACGCAGGGCAGACAGAGAACUAAGCCAUUGUUAUAAGUUCUUCUUUAAAUACUCUGACAGAGUUAGUUCCUGCUCCCUGCUGGCCUAUCAGAGUAGAGACUGAGCGUGGUUUAGACUUACUCAGCCUAUCGUUGGCGCACAGGCUGGUCCCAGCCCCUUGGCGCUUCACUGUUGCCAGGUGUCAGUUGUUUUCUCCACAACUUGUCUCGAGUCAGCAACCUCAGACAUCUUUGUAGCAGAACACAUGUCCUUGAGCGGUUUAACAAAGAGGCAGUGUGUGUGUAUGUGAGACACAAGUCUUAUCUCAUCCUACCCCCUAACAAUUCCCCACAUUAAUCACAGCUUGUUAUGUUGACCAAUCUAUAUCAGUACAGUACAAACCUAUUAUGUUUAAUCAUUAAUGCUUUCUUAUUAAGCUAACAGCACAUCUAAAAUAUAAGAGAAUAAUUUCCCACAAUAUCAACAAAAAAAUAAUUCAUGGAAACCUAGCUAUUGAACCCAUAUUUCUCCAACACUCGCUGCCUUGGGUCUACAUUGAUCCUGGGGUAACAGGGCGGUCAGUGUCGCUACUCCUGACCUGUGGACUGCCUUUCCCAGGGAAAUCAGGGUGGCACAUGUCGGAAAUACAUCAGGUUAAUCAAAUAUGUUUAAAACGAUACACUAUGUGUGCAUACGUUUAAAUGUUUUUACACGUUUACUUACUGUCUCGGCAGGGAUCUGGGAGAGCAUGGAUUCUUAGUCGAAGGAAUCCUGGUCACUGACAAAUCUGUGUCCAUACCAUACCAGUAUCUCGUCUACAGUUCCAAAAAGGCAAAGUACAAGUAUGAGUACAUUGAUUCAACACACCCCACCCGAAGGAGAUGUCUUUCUGUAAAGUCCAAUGAGGAAGGUAAGAGUUUUUUUUUUUGUUGAGAAUUUCUACAACUGUUUUCAAUUGCAAUGGCAGACUUUAAUUGAACACAUGAUGUAACAGCUUUUGGGUGAUGCUCAUCCCCAUUUUAGAAUGGCAAAUACAUUUGUUUCGGCCUUGUCCCGCUGGAAGCCUCUUCCCCUGAGCAAAAAAUGUGUCACGUUCUGCUCGUGCGUUCCUUUUACCUCUACUUUACAAUUGUUUUGUGGUCACCCUCCCUUCACAUUUCGCGCUGUCAAUCGUGAAUAAUAAUUAUUCAAGUUUUACUGGUGGAAAACGUCCAUGCACCAUCUGCACGCUAACCGUCAGUUUCAUGGGAAUAUUCGUUUAGAUCUUCUUGAGUUAUAUACAGUGUUUCCGAAGUAUGGUGUUGGUUUGAAUUAUGUACAGCAAACUGUAGCAUUAUCUGUGGUUUUGUUUCGAUCAAAUCACAUAUUUAGCUUUAGUGGCGCGUUACGCUUUGGCCGACCAUUCGCACAAUCAUCCUAAAAUCUCACAAGAAACGUGUGUGUUUUUUGUCCUACGGUAACGCUAUCCUUUACCAUGCUAUUAUAUUCUGUUUUGUAGAAAACUAUCAUUAUAUGAUCUUGCAGACCUACAGUGCAUUCGGAAAGUAUUCAGACCCCUUGACUUUUUCUACAAUUUGUUAUGUUACAGCCUUACUCUAAAAUGGAUUAAAUAAAAUAAAAAAAUCUCAUCAAUUUUCACACAAUACCCCAUAACGACAAAGCUAAAACAGGUUUUUAGAAACAGGAUGCACCUGAGCUCAAUUUCGAGUCUCAUAGCAAAGGAUCUGAAUACUUAUGUAAAUAAGGUAUUUCUGUUUUUUUGUUUUUAAUAAAUUUGCAAAAAUGUCUAAAAACCUGUUUUAGCUUUGUCAUUAUGGGGUAUUGUGUGACGAUUGAUGAGGGGAAUAAAAACAAUUUAAUCAAUUUUAGAAUAAGGUUGUAACGUAACAAAAUGUGGAAAAAGUCAAGGAGUCUGAUUACUUUCCGAAUACACUGUAGAUUCAGCUUUGAUCUAACUUUAUCAAACAAGCACCAUUCUGCAUUCAUCACCUGAAAAUCGCCAGAGUAGCCUGUUCUCUGGGCAGCCAAACAAGUAGAGCAGAGAUUGUGCGUAAAGAAGAAAAUCCUACUCAUUAGCAGAAGAUUCAGAUUUUUUACUAUCGGGAAGAGGCUUCCAGAGAAUUUGGAACCACAGCCACUCAUAGAGAUUUUGGCAACAUGAUCUCACACACAAACGAACAAUCACAUUGGUCAAAAAUCGAAGCCACAGAAAAUGAAAAAAAAAACUGCGUAUUCUCUCAAAACAGCCUGAAUUUGGAUCAAAAUCGAUUAUUUUAGGUCAAACUCGACUGUAAUAUAAUAUAAUAUGCCAUUUAGCAGACGCUUUUAUCCAAAGCGACUUACAGUCAUGUGUGCAUACAUUUUUACGUUGUAAACCAAGUUGAAAUUAGUUUUGAAUCAAGUGCCUAGUAUUAGAUUUUGUUUGUCUUCAAAAUGUUUGUCUUUCCUGCUUUGCCAAGAACAUCACAUAAACCAUGGGUUGUCUAAAGUGGCAUGUUUUCCAUUUUCCUUGUCCACCCCUACCCCACCCUACCCCACCCCACCCCACCCCACCCCACCCCACCCUACCCUACCCCCCCACCCCACCCUACCCUACCCCACCCUACCCCACCCAACCCUACCCUACCCCACCCUACCCUACCCCCCUACCCCACCCCUACCCCACCCCACCCUACUACCCUACCCCUACCCCACCCUCCACCCAACCCUACCCCACCCUACCCCACCCCACCCUACCCUACUUACCCCCCCCCUAACGCCUACCCCACACCCUAACCACCCCACCCCCACCCCACCUACCCGAUACCCUACCCCAACCCUACCCCACCCCACCCCACCCUACCCCACCCGAACCCUAACCCUACCCUCCCCUACCCCACCCUACCUACCCUAAAUAACCCUUACCCUACCCCACCCACCCCAACCCUACCCUACCCCUACCCCCCACCCUACCCUACCCCUACCCACCCUACCCCUACGCACCCUACCCACCCCCCCCGACCCUACCCUACCCCCCACCUAACCCCCUACCCCACCCACCCCACCCCCAACCCUCCACCCCACCACCCCACCCCACCCCUACCCUACCCCUACCCCACCACACCACAGGGGCCUGGCAUCAGUACGAUGACAUUAUCUGUGCCUCACCAACCAAGGAUGUGUCCAAAAGAAUAAUCCAAGGCAGAGAAAUCGCAGGGAAGAUAAUGCUUCAGACUAUUUUUGAACUCCUUCACAGCUGGAAUGACAUUCAACUCAACAGUUUCAUGAAACAACUGAUUCAGUUUGAUCAGAUUUACAGGAAACCCUCAUUGUACGAAGGCACAAACAAGAACAUGAGAAAAAAAGAAAAGAAAAAUGUGAGUAAAAAAAUAAAAAUAAUAACAUAAUGGCAUUUUAGAUAAUGCAUGCCCACAUGUUAUGCCAAAUGAUUCAUAGAAAAACAUGUACUGUAUUGCCGUGAUGAAAUAGAUGGGAAAGAAACACAUUGCGGUUUACAAAUGCCUUAGAAACAGUAUUCUAACAUUCUGUUUUACUCCAAUGUUUAAAAGCUGCUGAAGCGGUUCAUGCUGGAGAGUGUGGUUCCUCAGCUCCUGAAGAAGGGAGAUGGAAAGAGUCCCAUUAUUCAGGACCAUAUGAGGGCUGCUGUGAUCGUGCUGUAUGUGUGUAAACAUUAUGAUAUCCAACUAGAGAAAGCAGAAAUCGCUGGUCUAUGCUUUGCUCUCUGCCUGCCCAACCUGCCCAAAGACGAGUUCCUGCACUAUUGGACAGAAUUUACACAGCCCGUCUUACUUCUCAGAAAGUGAGUACAUUGUUUUAACAUUACAGUUUCUCAGCUGUUGGCAUUAAAUGAAGAUGGGAUGGUUCACACAAAAUGAAUUCAUUGAAAAACACGACUCCAGUCAAGUUGUAGAAACAUCCUCAAGGAUGAUCAAUGGAAACAGGAUGCACCUGAGCUCAAUUUCGAGUGUCAUAGCAAAGGGUCUGAAUAUUUAUGUAAAUGUUAUAUUUCGUGGGGGGGGGGGGGGGGGUUUAUACAUCUGCAAACAUUUCUAAAAAACAGUUUUUGCUUUGUCAUUAUGGGAUAUUGUGUGUAGAUUGAUUAGGGGGGAAAAAAACAAUUUAACGUAACAAAAUGUGGAAAAAGUCUAGGGGUCUGAGUAAAGAAGAACAUUUCAAUGUUAUACUUUAUAUAGAAACCCAAAUAAAAGCAUGUAGAAUGGAGGUUUUAAAACUACAGGGGCAUUUGCAUAAUCAGCCAACAGAGCAUAUCCUACACACAGUGCAUUCGGAAAGUACUCAGACCCCUUGACUUUUUCCACAUUUUGUUACGUUAAAUAGUUUUUUUUCCCCGUAAUCAAUCUACACACAAUAUCCCAUAAUGACAAAGCAAAAACUGUUUUUUAGAGGGCUCUAUUUUAACAAAGCUAACGCAAUGGUACAUCUAAAAAUCUAAGCUAGCUGUUAUAUUUAUAAUUUACCGAAGUUCGGCGGCUCUUUUUACUGACUCAGAUAUUUUAGACUAAUUCAGUCAAAAGAACAAAUCUUUCGACUCAUUUCGUUUAUUUGAGUCCGUAAUGCCCAGAGCACGCAGGACCCACUACCAGCGAACGAUGAACUAAAAACUCGAAAGAAUCAUGAUUCUACAAGCCAUCUCGUUCACUUAGUGGAGUUGUCAUCUGGUACUGAAACUUAUAAAGGUGUGCUUCAGACAAUGUAGGCCUACAUUUGUGAUUUCUAGGGAUACAAAUACGAUUAUUUAUUGAUACCUUUGAAAUUAGGUCUAGUUGCGGCCGCAACCGGACUAGAUUGUGAAGGACUAUUGGCGGGAUGCAAUUUAAUGACUGUCUCACGGAAGAUUUGCCCAAUACGCUAUAUCGUUCGCAAACUGCAGCAGCCACCCAAACGAUUCGUUCGAGUGUUGAGCAGAGGCUGGCGGUGUAUGUUUUGAUUCUACAAAGCUGUGUCCAUCGAUAACAUUCAAUAAUCAAUUAACUGCAUUCAUUCUUGCACCAAGCAAUCAUUUAUCAGUUCUAAACAUGUAUUUUCCUUCUCUAUACUGCUUGCAUCAUGAUCUAUUAAUCUGUGCGCAAAUGAUGGACAGUUGCUGGUCGCUCCGGAGCCACUGAGCCGGAGAAACCUGUAUUAAUUCUGCUGUUGAAUUCAUUGCUGCCAGCAGGUCAAACGAACGACUAAAAUGAUCAAGUCACUCGGAAAAACGAAUAAUGACUCUUGAGUCAGUAAAAAUAGUAUUUCAAAAAUAACAAAUCCUUUGCAAACUGCACAUUACUAAUCUUAAAGGAAAUUUCCAAAUGUUUCAACUUCAUAUUCAUCAUCACCAGCGACACCACAACAUCAACAUAUGUGUGAAAAUGGUGCGUUCCUAUGUUUUGUAGUAAAAAAUAGAGAGAAAGUAAAGCGUUUCCAAUGACAUCAUCAACCAAUUAGUAUAUAUUGUAGGUGUGAAGAGGGCUUGACCACUCAAUGACCAAUCAACGUUCCCAAUUGCUUAAUACGGCGUGUGGUUGUCUCAAAUUGUGUAGAUUAUUGACGGUCUUUGCUUUGUCAUCAACUCCAAUUCAGCUGCAGGGUAAGGAUUAUUCUUGUCCUAGUCCAGUGUGGAUUGAGAAGCUAAUGUUUAAAUAGCAUCAUGCUAAAUAGGUUUGGUGUGUUUCCAGUCCACAUUGUUGCAAUUGGCAUAAAUGUCUUUACGCAUCACAUACAGUACCAGUCAAACAGUUUGGACACACCUACUCAUUCCAGGGUUUUUCUACAUUGUAGAAUAAUAGUGAAGACAUCAAAACUAUGAAAUAACACAUAUGGAAUCAUGUAGUAACCAAAAAAGUGUUAAACAAAUCAAAAUAUAUUUUAUAUUUGAGAUUCUUCAAAAAGCCAACCCCAUGCCACGAUGACCACUUUGCAUACAGGUUGAAAUGACACAUAACUGUUUUUAACUGUAGAAUUGUUAACAAAAACAAUGGUUGUUGUGUCCUCAUUAUUUUUUCAGUGGAGACAAAAGCCUCUAUACUUCUCUCCUAAACAGAUUGCCAGACCUGUUGGAGAAACUGAUAGACAAUGCGAAGGAGGAAGGGAUUCUAGUGAUUCCCAUGCUCCAUCUCCUCAAAGGUUCCUCAAAACCCUUUGAACCAAUCCCCGUCACAAUCACAUCAAGUUGCGAGACUUGGGCAGGUCUGCAAAAUAUCAAAGUGACCAACAGCAAGGACAGCAGGUACCAUAUUUCUCUCUCCCUUUCAUGUUUGCAAAUAUUUGUGACUAUCGGGGUUGGGGUCUGUUCCAUUUUCAAUUCGGUGAAUUCAGGGAGUAAACUGAAAUUCUCAUUUAAAUACAUUCUCAUAGAAAAGCAUUGAGGAAAAUUGGAAUUAGAAUCUUAGUUUAGGAUUAGUGAAUUCACUGAAUUGAAAUGGAAUUGGCCCCAACCCAGGUGACUAUAUCACCAGAUAAAAGUGAAUCCUUUACUUAGCUUAGGUUUAGUCCUCUUCAAUUGUUUGGGAAAACGUUGCUAAUAACCCCUGCCGCCUCCAUUUUUUUAGAACAAUGUUGAAUCUCAUUAAAGCCAAUGGACAUUUAGUGGAGAUGGACAGACUAGCGGCCCGUUCCUGGAUGUGUCUACUGACCGUAGAGGAUCUGGUAGAAUACAGCUCCAUCAUCAAAGUUGAGCUCCUGGACAUGCUUCAUGUUUUUACUAUGAAAGCUCCUGUGAGUGUAUCCACCAGCAACAACGGGGUGAGCUAA